AUGACCACUCUUUCAAAAGCCUACCAAAAGGAUCUUAUAAAUUCUCACCCUAUCACCCCUAUUGAUUUUGGCUCCAUUGACCGGGUCCCUGAGUCCCAUUUAUGGUCACAAACCAAUGAGGUCUACCAAAAGAUUCAAACUGAUCAUGAUAUUCAAGAGGCAUUGAUCCCAGUUAUUGAUCUUGCUCACCUCGAAGCAAUGGAUCUUAUAGGCCAAGCAUGUAAAACUUGGGGCAUGUUUCAAGUCAUUAACCAUGGAGUACCCUCGGACUUGGUCAAAAAUAUCGAGUCCGAGGUACAAAGGCUUUUUGAACUCCCGACUCAUGAAAAGUGCAAGGUCUUGAGAUCCGCAAGUAGACUUGGUGGUUAUGGUUCGGCUCAAAUAUCACCUUACUUUGAUAAGGCCAUGUGGCAUGAAGGGUUCACCAUCAUGGGUUCUUGUGUUGAGGAUGCUAAAAUUCUUUGGCCAAACGAUUUUCAAAGAUUUUGUGACACAAUAGAUGCUUAUCGAAAUCAAAUGAAGCUCCUUGCCCACAAGCUUGUGACUAUGAUCCUUCAAACAUUAGAUGCAACACAAGAAGAAAUGAAUUGGGCUACUUCAACUCUCGACGCUCAAAAUAAUCUUCAACUUAACUCAUAUCCAUCUUGCCCUAAUCCUAGUAGUGUUGUCGGUCUAGCAUCUCAUACCGACACCCGUCUUCUAACCAUUCUGCACCAAAGUUCGGGUAUAAACGGCCUAGAGAUAUUUGUCGAAGGAUUGGGUUGGAAGCCGGUUCGACCUGUUGAAAAUGCAUUUGUGGUGAAUGUAGGUGACCUCUUGCAUAUAUUCUCUAAUGCAACAUUUCCAGCUGUUUAUCAUCGAGUAAUGGUGAACCAGUCGAAACAUCGAACAUCAGUUGCCUACUUUUAUUCACCUCUGGUCGAGUCUAUGGUGGCUCCUUCGUCUAAGUUUAAGAAUCCUUGUUUUAAAUCUUUGACUGUGAAAGAGUACUUAAGUUUGAAAGCUAAGAGCUAUCAUAAGGCUCUUUCAAUGGUUAGAAUAUAA